AUGGCAUCUCUCCAAGAUCUAAAGGCACGUCGGCGGGAAGACUACCCCUACAUCCUGGACUACCGCACGCGAUGGAACGACAAUGACAUGUACGACCACAUGAACAAUUCAGUCUACAACUUUCUGUUCGACUCGGUGGUCAACGACUAUCUGAUGAAGCACUGCAAUCUGCACCCGCCCACGUCGGAGGAGCACCCUCUCGCAGCUCACCUCCACACAGACUUCUUCUCCUCGAUCGCCUACCCGGCCGUGGCAGAACUGGGCCUGCGCGUUAACAAGCUGGGCAAGUCAAGCGUCACGUACGAGAUUGGUCUGUUUGAACAGGGAUCGCCGGGCAUCAAGGCUGUGGGCGAGUUUGUCCACGUCUGGGUGCAACGUGCGACCCAGAAGCCAGGCCCCACGGGUAUGAGCGAUGGCCUGAGGAAGGGACUGGAGAAAAUCUACAAGGGGCCCGGGUCGUCGUCAUCUUCCGCCUCGCCUCGAGGCAGCAAGCUGUGA